AUGUCCAAAAUAUUAUCCCGAGAAGAGAUUGAACAUCUCAUCUCGGUGGGCAGGAUAGUGGUGAUCUACGACUCGCAAGUGUUAGAUCUCAAGAGCUGGAUAGACCGUCACCCGGGUGGUGAUAAAGCGGUCCACCACAUGAUUGGAAAGGAUGCAACCGACGAAAUGAAUGCCUACCAUUCUCCGGAGACUAUUGCCACUUUUAGGAGGUGGAGAAUUGGGUCCAUUGACUACUUGUGGGAAAACAUGAUACCACCGAUCCAAGGCGGAGUUUUCCGUUCGCUGGAAAACAAGGAGAAAGACACCAAGAAAGCUUCUAGUGCUCCCAAAGAGCUCAGUGGUAAAAUGCCAGAUCAUGUCAAGCCAAGAAUUCCGGCAGGCACGAUUCCUUCUAAAAAAAACGAAGCUGAGCUUUUCCCGGUGAUAGACAGUGCCAUUCGUGAUCCAAAGGCUGUCAUAGAGAACUACGAUAACCGCAUGGUCAGACUAGACCUCGAAAGUGUGCCACCAUUGGACUAUGCCACUCAAACUCGGAUAUCACAACAUUAUCGGGAAUUGCACAAGAAAGUGGUUGAGGGAGGCUACUACCAGUGUCGAUACAUCGAGUACUUCAAGGAGUUUUGUCGGUGCGGAUCUCUACUUCUCUAUUUCCUCGUUUUCUUGAAAACCAACCAUCUAUGGCUGUCUGCAUUUUGUCUUGGGUGUGCCUGGCAACAGUUACCGUUCAUAGUCCACGAUGCCGGCCAUAUAGCUAUCACGCAUAACUAUCAUGUGGAUAACAUCAUUGGUGCUUUGAUCAGUGAUUUCAUAGGAGGAUUGUCUAUUGGUUGGUGGAAACGUAACCACAAUGUUCAUCAUCUGAUCACAAACGAUCCUGUUCACGAUCCGGAUAUCCAGCACCUUCCCUUUUUUGCGGUGAGUUCGCGAUUGCUGGGAUCGGUGUAUUCGACUUAUUAUGAGAACACUCUGUGGUUCGACGCCUUUGCCAAGACAUUUGUGAGGUUUCAACGCUACACGUACUACUUGAUUCUGUCCUUUGGACGUUUCAAUCUGUAUCGGUUGUCUUGGAUUCAUCUUAUAUUGGGCCAGGGCCCCAAGAAGGGUAAAGCUGCGUACCUCAGAUACUUGGAAUUGACCGGACUGUGUUUCUUUUUCUACUGGUUUUUCUAUCUCGUCAUCACCAAACGAUUGACCAACUGGAGCGAUAGACUUAUUUUCCUGAUGAUCUCGCAUGUAACAACCAUGGUGGUUCACGUUCAGAUCACCCUAUCACACUUUGGUAUGUCAACUUCGGACCUGGGACCAUCUGAGUCAUUUGCUGCUCGUCAACUCCGAACCACUAUGGAUGUGGAUUGUCCUGAAUGGUUUGACUAUUUUCAUGGUGGUCUACAAUUCCAGGCGAUCCACCAUCUGUUUCCAAGGUUGCCAAGACACAACUUCCGUCGGGUCCAGCCAUUGGUAAUUGACUUUUGCAAUGCCACAGGCUUGAAGUAUUCCAUUUACGGGUUCAUGGACGGCAACGGAGUUGUUUUGGACAAGAUGGGUGAUGUUGGAAAGCAGGUGAAGAUCAUCAAGGAUUGCUUGAAGGGAAUGAAGAUGGAAGCAGAGGAGAACGUCAAUCUGUAUGAGAAGAGGCUUGAGAGUAUUGAUGAGUUGAAGACAUAA